AUGUCUAAAUAAGAAUUGGGAUAAGUAGAAAACUUUGAAGAUUAAUCAGAAUUUGGUUAACAAUUACAAAAUAUUUCUAUUGCCAUGAUCUAAUUUUAAAAAGAGGAUGAUAAAAUAACAAAUGAUAUGAAGAAUAAAGAAAUAGAGAAUACUAAUAUUAAUGAAGAUUUAUAAUUAUAAAAUAUAAGAUUACAAUAGCAAAAUUAAAAAUUGUAUUAAUAAUUAAGUUAGACAGAAAAUCAAUUGAAUUUGAUUAAUUAAAAAGUAGAAGAAUUAAAUCAAGAGAAAAAUUAAAAUAAUACAAUAAUUAAUGAUCUAAAAAAGAUAGUUGAUUAAUAACGAGAUUUUAUUAAUUAAAUUAAUAAUGAUUAAGCUUAUUUUGAUUUGACUGAAUCAUUAGAAAUCUCAUUGCAAAAAUUAAAAGAAAUGGAAAAGAAAAAUGAAAAAUUAAUUGAAGAAAAUUUGUAUUAUAAGACAAAAUAUGAAGAAAGCUUAAUUUCUAUAAAAAAUAGCAAAGAAGACACAUUAUAUCAAUAAGAUAGAAUAGAUUAAAUUAGUCAUAAUUAUUAAUAGUCAGAAUAAGAAUAAUAAGAAAAAAUAAAAUGUUUAGAAAAUCAAAUUAAAUAAUUACAAAAUUAAUUAAAGAAUAACUGA